AUGUGCUUCGGGGUGGAAUGGCUAAGUGGCUUGCUCAGAAAUGCUGCGAAGACUGGGCGGAGUUGGUUGAGCGCUCAGCGCGCUUGGAAUCAGAAUGUCAGCGAUGGUGGCUCGUCAUGGGCGGACAUCAGAUGUUGGCUACCAAUCCUCAAGAGCGAUAUGGUCGGCGAGUUCCGGCCCGAGAGUUUGGACGCUUCGGACGAGCAGUGGUCGCUUGACUUCUUGAUGCAGACGUCUGGUCAGGUCAGAAUGGAGUCGCAGGACUUGCUCAGCAGAUCUCGAGUAGUAGUCACCACAACGUGUCACGUCACUGAAAGCGAAGCCUCCCUGAACCUUGCCCUGGCCACCUCCUUUCCCGCCUAUGCCGCUCCGCUGUUCGCUGUUGCUGGUUGCACAUGUCACCUUCACCAUCGAAUCAUGAAUUGGCGCGCAGUAAGGGAAUUCAUUCAGCACAUGGGAGAUUCGGCCGCGGAUUGUUGUCGUUCGCACACGGUCUUGGGACAAGGCGCAGCUCGGAAGUUGCCGCAAGUCACGCUCGCCGAAGCGCAAGAAUACAGCCGUUCACUACAGAACACCCCCCCCCCCCGGAAGGAAUUGAUAAAUGAUAAAACACCAAGUGUUGGAAUAUCGCAGGGUCGUCGCUGCGAUGGCGGGGAUGUCGUCGAGAAGAUCGGUUCCAGUCCAUCGUUCUUUCCUUCAACCUCACUUCCCCACCUUCCACCUCGGACAGCGCUACACAUUCUGUCUGAUGUCGCUGACAAUUGCGAGGCACAGUCGCGAAUUGCGCAGGCCGCACGCACCGCACUGUUCCCACCACCAAUCCUACCGACAGGCAGCCAGCAAACCCGUCAACGAAGAAAUCUUGGUGCCUCCGCUACUCUGAAGCGUAAAGCCUAUGAUUUAGCACCAAGCAUUCACAUCUUUGCUCAUUCGGACUUGACUGACGCUGUUGCUGUCAACAUGACUGCGGAGCUGGCUAGGCUUCACCGAGAUGUGAAAGUCGAUUUGAAUGGUACAAUCAAUCGGUCGAGAGCAUCGCAUGACCAGACGCCCGCACACCAGUUCCAUCGUUUCUUCGAUCUGCCAGCCGAGAUACGGAAUUACAUAUACGAGCAUGUGGUCAGCAAAGAUUCUGUACUACGCCUACGCUGUUUCGUUUUGCCUGGCAUUUGCAGAACUUCGCAGCAAUUGCGACAGGAAUCGCUCCCAAUCUUCUUCGCCCAGAACCAUUUCGUGGCAGAGGUGAAGACGAACUUCGAAGGUAUCUCAGCAUGCCCCACGCAUGGCUCUCACGCUCAGUACAUUACAUUCCACGAUUUCUUCCGCUUCAAAUUGGCUGGAAAGCUGGACCUCAAUCGGGUCGUUGACAAAAUGCUUCGCCUCUGCCAUCCCAAGCUGAUCAAGGUCAAGAAUAUCGAUUUCUGCAUGAUGGCAGUCAAUCGUCGGAAACGGCGUGACGAGCAGUACCGCUACGCCAUUCUUUCGGUCCGAGAUGGGCGACUGGAUAAAGUCUCGACGCACAUCAAGGAAGGCAAUGAUCCCGAAUAUACGAAGCACCUCAAAAGAGUGCUGAGUCAAGGUCGGACAGUCCUGGAUCAAAUAACGUCUGAUCCUGACUACGCCGGGCUUGACAUGACACAACUGCGUGAUGUGGCUGCUACUUUUGUUGCAGACCCAAACGAGCGUAUGAGUCGUCGACGGCCAAGACAAAAUGCAGCAACCGCCGUGCAUCCGCAUCGUUCUCUUGAUUCUGGAGAUAAGGAGGAAAAUGCGGAUGAGUUCGACUUGCCAGAACCUGAGACGUACUUUCAUGAAGUUGCCGUCUCAGAUGGAAAUGAGUUCGCUUUGGCAAACGCCGAGCUGCGCUUCACAUGAUCGUAGAGGAUUCGGCAUUCCCUCCUAUACCUUCUCAUGCUCACUCGUAGAACUGCUGCCAGGCUUAAAGUUCCCCUCAGUCCUCACCCUACUAAUUCCGCUCUUCGUCAAAUGCAGUCCCAACCCCUCCUCUCCAUGCUCAUGCCUCGCAGCACCCUUCCCAAUCUUCGCCAAACUAUCCCUCAUCAAAAACUCAUAAUACCCCGUAGCAAACAGCGUAGCCGGAACAUUGACCAAAAUCGCAAUCCAACUAUACUCAUGAUAAGAAAACGCCUCCCCACCAUAAAAAAUCGCAGCCACAAUCCUCGUCCCCAAAUCCCUCGCCAAAUUCGUCGAAAUCGUGAUCGGUGCGAAUCCCCAUACCAUAGCAGCAUAUGCCAAACCUAUCACGAAAGGGGCGGAAGCUCCGGUUAUGAAGGGGUUGGCGGGAUCCAAACAGGCCCAGAUUAUGAUUCCGAUGUAAGAGUCUACGAAGAAUUCGAUCAGGAAGAGGUAGCCGAGAUUGGUUUGGUUGGGUAAGGGGUAGGCGCAGAGGAUUGAGGACAUUGUUGGGACGGAAGAUUCUCCAGCGGCUCGUAGUUCGGCUUGGAAGGCGCUGAGUUGUUGGUGGUACAAUCCCAUGAGGAAGAGGCCGGCUAUGAAGGCUC